AUGGUCUUUGGCCUGGUGGCUUCAAACGCUAUCGAGGAAAAUCUUUCUCCACACCUGGCCUCUGUUCAAUUGGUUGCUACAGAUGAUGGUGUUAGGAAUGUAGAAGGCGAUGAAUCAUCGCUAUCGCGUGAUCCAAGCUUGGGUACAGCUGUUGUGAACACUCAAAUAUUCACAAUAUUUAAUUACAAAGGUAGCCAAAUUUAUGUUUACAAUGCAUUGUCGAAUGAAAAUGAAAAUAAACUGACACGAGAAAAGUGGAUUUUCUAUUUUGUGCCAAUCAUGUUGCCAGUCCAGAAGAACGAUGGUGAUAAAUGGGCAUUUGCGGUGGACAAAGAAGUUCGAGUUAAAUUAAUGUUAGGUAAUUCUGAAGUCGAAGAACUGGCGCGUAAAGCAAUCGAGAAUAAAUAUGAUUUGGAAACAUCAAAAUAUUCAAAAUUUUGGACUGUCGCACCAUUGAUGAUCGAUUCGCUCACAGCCUAUGUUGUUAAGGGAAGCAACUCACCGGUUGAAGGUGUUCGCCACUUUCCUGACACCAAUCCAAACGCACUGUCAGUCAUGUUUCGAUUUGAAUGUUCAUCGAACGAAAAUGCUCAGGAAGUUGUUGACAAACUAGCCCAAGGCUAUUAUGAAAUUGAGAUCGCAUUCUACUUUGCUGGGUUCAAACAAAUAACGACUAAUUUCUUAUCGAUAACAACUGAUCAAUUGAGAAGCGUUUUGAGCAAAACAAUUGUCGAUGGUGGAAAUACAAAUGCUCAGUACAUCCAUCGAAAUCAGGGAUCUACGUUUGUCAGUAAAUAUGUAACAAAUGUGAAAAAAAUGAUUUAUCUUGAAAAUGCAAAUGCAAAUCUUACGUCGCUAACAAACGGUUUAGAAGAUCAAUUUACUUCGUUGUUGCAACAGGGUAGUCUAUUCUCAAGAUGA